GUCUUUGCCGAACGAUCGCCGAACCCGAUUGAGGACUUGCCGACCGAAGGAGACGCGAGGAGGGAUGGACGUGAGGAAGGAGACGUAGAAGGAGAUAAGGUGGCGUAGGAAGGAGUGCAGGGGACACGGAAGGACACAAAGCGCGCAAGGAGUCAAGGAGGCGUAGAAGGAUUUACAGAAGGAGACACUGAAGGAAGGAAAGAUGGAGAGAGUGUGAGUCUUGCGGUCCUCCAGGAAUGAUGGCAUCUCAAGAGGAGGGUUCAACCUUGCGCCGGUUCUUCCAAUACGUGGAGGACCGCUGCCUUCAGGCGUACGACGACCUCGUCAUCCAGAACGCCUCGGACAUUUCCCGAGAGAGCGACCGCGUCCGGAACAAUGCCAACUGGACCUACUUGCAGGAAAAAAAGCAGAAGAAGAAACGUCAAGGAGAGGCAAUAAAAAGGACCGACGACGAGGCGGCCGGCGCGACGGACGUGGCGUAUUGCGGAAAACAUUUCCGGAUGGGCUUCGUGACCGUGCCGCCGCCGCAGGACCGCCUGCCCGCUCCCGGCCAGGCCUUCGGCGUCCGCUCUCAGUCCCUCACCUCGGUGGGCGCCGACGCCGCCGACGAGCGAAAACAACCGCCGCCCAAACCCAAGAGGGAUCCCAACACCAAACUCAGCGGCAGCUCGGAGGCGCUUCAUACGCAAACUCAGGAGCAAGAUGAAGUUCACUUCCGCGCGUUCGGCGAGGACUCGAAGAAGGCGCCUCCGCCCAAACCCAAACGCAACCCAAACACGCAGCUCAGCUCGUCCUUUGACGAAUCCCACGUGUGUAACCACGGCAACCACCAGACGGACACGCCGUCUUCGCAAAGUCGCUUUUGGGCUUCCCGAGACGAUUCCGAGUCCGUUUACAUCGAAAUGGCGGGAAACGUCCCCGCCAAGAGUCCGGACGAUCAGAACGAGUCGGUGUACGAGGAAAUGAAAUACUCGGACUCCUGCUUGUCUCUGUGCCACAUCCCUCAACCUUUUCCCAACCUGCUGACGCACCGGCCGCCGUUGCUCGUCUUCCCGCCGUUCCCCCCUCAGCGGUCCCCCAAUUCGGACGAGUCUCCGCUGACCCCCGUCGACGUCGCUCAGCUGUCUAUGCUGGGGAAGAAGGCGGGGCUCGCGGAACACUCCAGAAGCUCCGCAAGGAGCACAGACGAAGAAGAGUGGCCGUCCGCGUCCACCGUCACGUCUUCGGGUCGCUCGUCUGCGCCGCCUCUUCCGUCCGGCCCGUACGCGUCGUCUAGCUCCGCCCGCAACGGGAACGCGUACCCGCGCAGCCGAUCGGCGUGCCCCUCCCCCGUGAGCGCGGGCCACUCCCGGACGCCUUUGAGCCCGAAGAGACCGCCCCCCUACGACGCCUUGAUGGCCGGCCGGCCCCCGGAGGGCGCGGGGACGAAGUACGGCGACUCGGCCGCGUCGCUGGACGACCUCACGGCGCCGCAAACGUCCGCCGACAAAGACUGGAGGAGCAGGCACAGCGCUGAAGAAUUAAAGUGUUUGCGACAACUCGGUCGCUCGUCAUCAACGUCGGGGGUGCCUUCGAUGCCUUCAGCGCCGCGAGACCAUCCCGCCCUCAGCCAGAUGCCGUGGCUGUGCGGAGACGCCACCAUGAUGGAGACGAUCGAGAAGAAAAGAGUUUUGUGUCGCCAAAUCAAAAGCCGCCAGCGAGCUGAAAAGAAUCUCGGCAAACGGGACAACCUGCCCGUCGUGCCCAACUGGAGGAGGAAACAACCGCCGCCGUAUUCCGCUGCGCCCGCGGCGGCCCUCUUGUGGGACACUCCCAUCUAAGGAGCACCGCGCUCGCCGCGAUGUCUUCUGUCUUGCCGACUUGUCUCGUGGCCGGGCCGCGCAAAAUGGGACCUCAAUCAAGUGCUCGCCGAGCACCCAUUCUGAGCAGCAGGGGGCGCCGCGAAGCUGCUGCCCGUUGCUUCAGAUAUGAUUGCGGAGCACGUGCAGUGAACCGCCGCCCUUUGCGGGGAUCGGGCCCGAGCCCUGCCCCGAAUAAUCGAAAUUGGCAAAUGAUUGACCCCUCCAAAAGAGCUUUGUAAUGGAGUACAGAUGCCACAAGGUGGCAGCAAAGCACUUCAAGGGGAACUAAAGCCCCCAAAACUAAUGAAGCGGGAAUACAUUGUGUGCGCCAGCACUAGUCGAAACAUGGCACUCGGUUUAAUAUUGUGUUGGUGAAAUAACAAUUAAACAUAAUAAUUCAUCAAGGUAAGUGAGGCGCCAUGUUGGACUGUUCCUUCUCCACAUUCUGAACCGAUUGAAAGUGUUGCAAAUGGCUUGAGAACGACUCGUGAACGCUCUGGAGUCUGAGAAGCCGUGUCAAACGGCGCCUCUUCCCGAAAUGGAUCGCGCAGCCGCCACCGAGGUGCGUGCGUGCGUGCACAUUCGUAUCCGACGUUUCGUGUCUCGCUUCGCUCGCGGCUCGAAGACGUUUGAAAAAGAGUUUGGCGAGAUGAUGUCACCGAAGUCAGGGUCGCGCGAGCGCAGAGCGACGUGGACG